GAUAUCUUGAACAUGACCGUUGAAAUUAGUGGUUUUGAAUCUAGAUAGAUACUGAAAUAUUUCGCUUAAGAUUUGUGUGAAUAAAAUAUAACAGCUAAUAUAAAAAAAGAGUAUAUACAGAAUAAAAACAUUUUGUUGAAAAAACAUCAACAAUCGUGUUAUUUUCCUUAUAAUUUCUAAUAGUAAGAACACUAUUUUUAUUCAUGACUAAUGUUUGCAUCAUCAAACCUCGCUAAAUAAAGUUCGCUAGAAACAUCCUCGCUAAGUUUUCGCUAGAUUUAGUUCGCUAUUACAUCGCUCUCAAAUAUUAACAAUUUGUCUAAUAUUUGGUUUUCUUCCUACUAAAUAGCAUAUAGAUACCCAACAAAAUAUAUAUCAGCAUAAAGAAAAAUUGAUAAACAUUCAUAUGGUAUAUAUUUAAUACCAAAUCACGAUAAAUAAGGGAGAAAAUAAUCGAUAAAUAAAAAAAGAAAGCGGCAACUCAAGCUGAAAAAUUGUAAACAAAAACAGAAAAUUCAAAGAGGAAAUCACAAUUUUCUUUUCCUAAAAAAGUGUAAAAUAACAAGAAAGUAAUGGAAGAAAGUAUGAGAGAAAAGCUAUAAUACGCGAGUAGGGUAGACAGAAGAAGAUGAUAUCGCCAAAUAAGUAAUAAAUGAAGAACAUAAGGUAAUAAAAGACAAAAGAUAAAGGAAGAAAAAAAUAGAGAAUAUACAAAUAACUCCAGAAAAUUUGUGGAAUAGAUCUCGUGACAUUAUAAUGAAGAAGAAGAAGAGAGAUGGAGAAGAAGAAGAUAAACUUGGUGGCGAUUGGACCUCAAGGCAAGAGAGUUGGUCUCGUCGUUUCUUCCUUUCGACAGUUUAUUACGAAAAGUUGUGACAAGUUUGGUUUGCAGAAUGACAAAACACUGAAGGUCGCCCUCUCCGAUGACACAGAGAUUGAUGAGGAAUACUUUGAGUUUGUGUCUCCUGGGAGCGAACUCCACAUCUCUUCAUCUUCUGAAGAUGCCCCAAAGGAGAUCCAAGCCUUAGCUGCCUUCCUCCACCGUUGCCUCCAGAACCAGCCGCAAGUGCACGAUCGGAUUAUGGGUGUCCUGCGUGAGUCGAGCCAGUCCCCAAAGGUGGCCGAGAUUCUGGGUCUGCUAUCUGCAUCAUCGCAGGACUUAGUAUCCAUGAGUGAGAGAAAAUGCGACAAUGAGUGGUUUAAAGGAUUGGACACCAAAUUCAAGACCAAGGAAUCCGUCAUGCGAAACAGUGCGGAGAUGAGAAUGCGAGGCUACUUCGAGCAAGCCAAGAAGGAGCUCUUGGCGGAUGAUUCGAGCAGCAGUGGGCCCGCAAGACAAGCCAUAGAGUUCUUCAGACAACAGCUGAAGAAUUGCGGGCACAAUGCAGCAUACUUCGACCGCACUGCUUCCAAAUGCCUUCGACUGUGUAACUCAGAUGGUCUGUUUGAGUGUGAGGGACAGUAUGAUUUGUCAAGGUGUUUCUCGUCGCAUUUCAUCAACCCUUAUGCAUGUAGAGAAGCUCGCAUUGUGUUUUCCACGUGGAACCUUGACCAUGUAAUUGAGAAGUCCCGCGCCAUCCUCCCCACGCUCAAGAAGGCUCUCAAGGGGCCCAGGGCAGAGUCCGUCAACCUGCCCUACUUCCACAGCCUCCUCUUCCAGCACAAGCGCGAGAAGGAAGGUGAGGAUCCGGAAGGCAACCUCAAGCUGGUCCACAUUGCAUGCCACGUCAAGAAGCCGCACGAGGACCGCUGCGACCAGGGGAAGAUCUAUUUGGAAGAGGAAUACUCCAGUGACAAAACCAAUGGAUGCGACGUAAUGGAUGGCCGGCGGGUGACACAGUCUCAAUCUCGGUCCUGUGGUGUGACGGCUACGACAAACUUAGUCAGCACACGAAGGAGGAAACGCACAAGCAUUGAUAUCCACAGUGUAAGGAGAAGCAAGAGGCUGUGUCUUAUCACCAGGAAGGAGAAGACAAAGAGACAGAACCUUUAUAAACCAUUAUGAAAUACCCAAUUCAUAACUGAUAUUAAAUGAUUUAUAGUAUGCAGAAAAGGAUGAGGUGAGAGGUUGAAUCCCCUAAAGUGGAUUGUUACCAAGAAUUAUAUUUCAUGAUUAUCAUGCUCAAUAUCCUGUGAUAAAUGAGUGAUUUCCACUAAGGAACCAGUGAAGAACCCAAAGUAGAAGAAGAAAGUAAUAUAUUUGAUAUAUUUUAAUGAAGUUAGUUAAACAUUUAUGAAGGCAUAGCUGAGAAUGAAGCAAGAAAUCAGGUUAAUUUUCUUGUAAUCACAAAGCAUUCCCGAGUGAGAGAUUUUUUGUGUAUUGUAUUUUAGUCAAAGAAUGCAAAAAUCUUGUUUUGUUUUGCUUUUGUAUAUGUUAUCUUGUGUGCCACAAUUCUAUUUUAUAUUUUUGGAUCUCUGCAAGUGAAUAAUUUAGUUGUUGGUCGCAUAAAUUUUUUUCUUUUAUGAUCCAAGCCGAGUGUUGCUUCUGAUUUAGUAGUUGAAAGUGCAUGUGUGGGUGUGUGUGAGUAGGUCGAUGGGUGUGUGCAAGUAUGAAUGUACUUAAAGUCUUUAAUUAUAUACAUGAUAUUUAAAAUCACAUAAAAAUCAAAUAUGAUCCGGUGACAUGAAAAGAACCUGUGAUUAUCUCCACCAGUGUUUCCCUGUGUGUAGUUUGAUACUGGAACUAUAGAAAGAAGUAUGCAGGGGUGUGUUGUUUUAUUGUUGGAUUUUUUAUAUUUUCAUUUAUUAGUGCUGAUUCGGAAACUGAAAUUUUCUUUGGUAAGACAAUUUUUAAUAGUAUUUUGAUAUUCUGUAGCCUGUAUUAUGAUGAAUGUGUAUAUAUGCGAGAAAUACACAGUAAAUCAAUAUAUUUAAUUUAAAAGUUGAAGAUGACUGAUGAGAAUAUAAAAUCUAUUUUGGUUUUGAAAAUAACAUCUCACUUUUCAAGAAAAGUUUGU